GUAGAACAAAUCCAUAUUAGUUCUUAAUUAACUCAUUACUCAUAUGCAUGACCUCGUGUUGAAUAUGAUACACACGAAUAUCCAAGAUCGCCUUGCUCACUUGUUGAAGACCCCAUCAGUAUCCCUUAUCUUCGCACUCGUCGCUAAAGCUCCCACAUUCGACUCCUUCGCUAGUUCCGAUCCCCCGUCCCCCAGUCCAUGAUCAAAGCUGCAGUCGGACGCUCCAUCGUGCAUGACAUCAACCCUCCACUCGGCUUAACACUUCCUUCGGCACUCUCACCACCCAAGGGAGUGCUAUCCCGUUCAUCCGUCGUAAGAUCCCUGCACCCCAUCGCACCGGCACGUCCUCUCCCUCCCAUAAAUCCCACAAAGUCUUCACCCGAUCCUGCACAUCCAAGUCUACCACCAAUACGCUCUUGACCACUUUUUUGAGUGACGUCGCCCGGAGAUGAUAUUCCUGCACGAGGGAGAGGACGAGCUGCGUCGGAGUGGAAGCGAGGAGGUGGGAACGCAGGGUUUGGGGAGGGACAAGCAGGGGUAAGAGGUAGAAUUGAGCAGCGACUUGCCGUAUCCCAACUGCUUUGGCUAGCGGGUCUUCGUAUACUGAGUCGGGGCGAAAGCUGCGUUGCCAGAUUUCCGGGGUUGGACGACCGGCGAACAACUCUCUGAUGUCCUUUAGAACCCUCCUCCUCUCCUCCGCCAGUACCUCCUCAUCCACCCCGACCUCCCCUUCUGCCAAACUCGCAGCAACGAGCGCGACGCUCCUGCCGCUUCUUCUCCGUCUUAUACUCCCUCUAUGCCUCGGCGCAUCCCUGUCCCACCCAUCUCUCGAUCUCGACCAGCUGCUCGCGCGACCCACGCUGCCGACUGGUAGGGCGCCGAGCUCGUACGAACCUGGAAAGGAGGGGCCAUCAUCCAGCGCUGGAAGGGGGAAGACCGUAGCGUGCGCUGCGCCAGGUACGGCGGCGAGGAGGUUUGAGGGCCCCGAGAGGGAGGGAACAAGAGAUGAGAUCAACCGCGGAGGGUGGAAUUCGGUUGUGGGUGUUCCAGGAGGAGAGGCCAUUCUACAAAUAGGGGCACCGUAAUGAUAGCGCCCAGUGGUAUCCAACGACCACUUCGACGUAUCUCCAAUGUACAGGCUCAGCUAUCCAAGCACUAAGGCAGGACGUCGCCGUCGCUG